AUGGCAACAGCUAAUAGGUUGGACUUAUUAUUAUCAACAACAACGACUGACAAGGAUGACAAAAACUUUGAAAUAUUUUCGUUAAUUUGGCUUGAAAAAGAUGUAAAUGCUAAUGAAAAUAAUCGGAAAACACAACAAAAACUGAGAAAAUCAAUUAAUUUUAUUAAAACAUUUGAUGAUGUUAAAAAAUGUGAACAAUGGAUUGGACGAAGAAUACAACAGAGUGCAGAAGAGAAAAUCAUAUUAAUUGUUUCUGACAGUUAUGGAUGUGAAAUUGUGCCACGUAUUUAUGAAUUACCACAAUUGGUUGCGAUCUAUGUCUAUUGUCGAGUCAAAAUGACAAAUAAAAAAUGGUUAGAAAAUUAUAAACAGAAAGUUUGUGGGAUCAUUACAAAGUCUGAUGAAUUAGUGACAAAAAUAUCAAAUGAUCAAAAUGAACGUGAAAUGUUAGAAGCAAUCAGUAGUAGUUCUAUGUCCAGUUUUACAAGUAGUGUUGCUGCAGCUGCUUCUUAUUCUUCAUUCACUGAUACCAAACAAAACUCAUCUACUGAAUUAAAUGGUGACUUCUUAUGGUCACAAGUAUGUAUCGAAGUACUAUUAAGAAUGAAACGUAGAGAUAAUGAUCGUGAAGAAUUAAUUAAUUUAUGUAAACAAAUAUACGAUGGAAAUAAAUUGGAGUUAAGAAAUGUUGAAGAAUUUGAACAGACCUACACGCCAGAGACAGCUGUGUGGUGUGACUUGUAUCAACAGUUAAAAGAAUUAUAUUUGAUGACUAGUCAUCUUGAAUCGAUUACACGUGUCUAUCGUGGUCAAGCUUUACCAACUCACGAACUUGAUGGAAUAAAAUCGAUUAUUGGCCAACAUUUAUCAUUAAAUAGUUUCCUUUCAACAUCAUUGGAUCGAGAAGUGGCACUUAGAUUUAUUCCAUCGAUUCCUACUGCAAAUAAGGAAAAGAUACUUUUUGAAAUUGAUAUUGAUCCCUUAGUUAAAAAUGUGAAACCAUAUGCAAAUAUUUCUUCGUAUAGUUAUUUCCAAACAGAAGCCGAAGUUCUAUUUAUGUUAGGAUCUAUCUUCAAAAUACAAAGUAUUACGAAACAAGAUGAUGUGUCAAUCAUCAACAUUCGAUUAGAAAGUGAAUAUGAUGCAGAAUUAAAACAGUUGUCGGAUUAUAUGAAGCACAAUUUAGAUGAAACACCAAGUCUCGUUACCUUAGCUGACCUAUUGUUACGAAUGGCUGAAUAUGACAAAGCAUUAAAAUGUUACGAACGAGUAUUGAAGGAAUUGGAUGAUAAAGAUAAAAAUACUGUACAAGCUGCACGAUGUUUUACAGGUAUUGGUAGAGUGGCUAAUUUUGUAAAAAAAUACGAUCUAUCAAUUGAAUAUCAUGAAAAAGCAUUGAUGAUUGAUUUGUCACUACCGAAUAAUGAUUAUAACGUAGCUGAAACUUAUAAUAAUUUGGCAAAUGCAUAUAAGGACCGACGCGAUCAUCAGAUAGCAUUGAAAUAUUUUUAUAAAUCACUAGAAAUCAAUAAAAAAAUUAAUGGUGAUGAUAAUCUUGAAGUUGCACGAUUAUAUUUUAAUAUUGGUAACACAUACCGAUAUCAACAAAACAAUCCAACAUUAUCAUCAUUAGAUCAAUCAUGGACACUAUUCAAACAUAUCUAUAACAAACAAUAUGGUUCAAUUAAUGAUGAACAAGCUCGACGAGUUAUUUGGGAAAAAAAUGUUGAAAUGAUUCAAAGACAUAAUUUAGAAGCUGAUUUAAGUAUGCAUACAUACACUAUGAAAGUUAAUCAAUUUGCUGAUCUCACACUUGAAGAAUUUGUUAAAAAAAUGAAUACAUUAAAAAUAAAUGAUCAAAAAAGAGAAAACAAAAAAUUUGAUAUUCCAUCAAAUAUUGUUCUUCCAUCAUCAGUUGAUUGGCGUACAAAAGGUUAUGUAACACCAGUUAAAAAUCAAGGACCAUGUGGUUCAUGUUGGGCUUUUUCAACAACUGGUUCACUUGAAGGACAACAUGCUAAAAAAUCUAAAAAUCUUAUUUCUUUAUCUGAACAACAACUUGUUGAUUGUUCAACAAAAUAUGGCAAUAAUGGUUGUGAAGAUAGUUAUCCUUAUGAAGCCAAAGAUUCAAAUUGUCGAUUUAAUAUUAAAAAUGUUGUUACAAAUGUUACUGAUUUUUUUGAUAUAAAAUCUCAAUCAGAAAUAGAUCUUCAAUAUGCACUUGCAACUGUGGGUCCGAUAGCAGUAGCUAUUGAUGCUGAUCAUGAUUCAUUUCGUUUUUAUUCAUCAGGCGUUUAUUCUGAAGCAAGCUGUUCAACAACAUUACUUGAUUUUUCUCUUUUGGCUGUUGGCUAUGAUACAACAAAAGAUAAUUUAGAUUAUUACAUACUUAAAAAUCAAUGGACAACUAAAUGGGGUAAUCAAGGUUAUGUUUGGAUGAGUAGAAAUAAGAAUAAUCAAUGUGGAAUUGCAACUAUGGCUAGUUAUCCACUUGUUUAA